UCCCGGCUUCCUGUCUCUCGGAAUGGGAACUCGUGAUCCCAGACUUGAUCCCGCUGGAUGGUCCUUGGAGUUUGGUGAGGGGGAGACUUUCCCCAACUCUUCUGCCCCCAAAACAGGUCUGUGGGAUCUCGGACCUUGGCCAGACCUCCCUCGGGCCCCAGCUGGACCCAGCCCUCAGCCGCCCCCAGCCCGCUGAGCUGGGGAGCGUGUGCUGUCCCGGUUUUUCAAGGAUGUUGCGGAGAGCGAGGGGUUUUCUUCCCACAGCCACAAACGCAUUUCUCAAAAUGGAGCCUCCACUUGCCCCUCCUUCUCUCUCGGGCUCCAAGAGCGGGAGCCUGGCUGGCUGGGCCUGGCUUUCCAGACGCCUGGCGCUGGCUCGCUGGGUGUCUGGAUCUCAGGGCCCAGACUGAUGUCUCUUCUGGUUGAGGGGCCCCUGGCUCACUGGAUCCGCCUGACCCUGGGGCCGCUUUCAGUCUUUGUCUCCUGUCUUCGGAGUCUCUGUCUCCUCCCCUCAGUUUCCACUUUUUCUGUGCUCACUGAAAAGUAGGGAAACGCAGAGGUGCCAGUCCCCUCAUAGCCCCCUAAGAAGCCCCUUCCCCGCUGUUGUCUCCAUGCCCUGGAGUGGCCUGGGGGAGCGCAGAGGGCGUGUUCCACCGACUUUGCUCAGGGCUGGCACUUGUGGGGUGGACUCAGCCCCUACCCCUGCUCCCUGGACACCAGUCACCCCCACCCCAGUUCCUAGCUCCCAGCUCCUCCUCCUCAGUCAGGACACCUCCCCAGUUCUCUAGGGCUUUUGACUUUAGUGGGGAGGUUGCGGGGGGCGGUGGGGGGGGGACCUUAAUGGAACACAAGCAGGAAUGAAGGAGAGCAGAUCAAGCAAAGGAUAACGUCUCUCCUCUCCCUACACUCCCUACACAAGUGACAAAAACCAGGCUCCCACUCACCCAUUUGGCCCUGCAUGCCACCCAGGCGUGCGCGCUCGCUCUCUCUCUCUCUCUCUCUCUCUCUCUCUCAUGCUCCCAUGCACACACAUUGCUCUGUACGCACACUCUGUACACACUUGUGCACCCUCAGGUACACAUACUCAUGUAUAUAUGAAUGGACAUCUCUCCAAACAUCUUCUCUCAUAGUCACACUCAUGUACCACAAAUUCACUUAUUAUGUAUGCAUUUGUAACUUUCAUGUACUUUCUGAGAGAGAUACAUUAUUUAUGCAAACAUUCUUUUAAGAUCUGCACAUAUGAGUGCACAUAGAUACUCACGUGUGCCUGAAUGUACCGUUGCAUCUGUCCAAACAUAUAUGUGUACUCACACACACUCACUCAUGUUUUCACAUACAGUGCUCGUUUUCAUGCUCUUGUGCACAGUUUCACACGCACAAAUAAGUAAAUGCACACACUCCUACUCCUACGCAAUUCUCUGUCCACAUCUUGGCCCCUGCUCUGCAUGAUGACUUCAGCAGAUGCCUGAGUCCUGGUGUUCAGCCUCCGGACUAGGGAGGGAGUUCCGGGUGGAGACUUGCUGUCCUCUUCCAGGAAGGAGCAGGGGCUGGGGAGGUGGAGCCCUCUUCCCUGGACUCCAGGGAAGUGAGAACUUGGAGCAGCUGCCAGAGGUGAUGGUUUCCCUGGAGGCCCUUGGCCAGGCCUGAGCCUCUGCCGCCAUGGCCAUUGUGCAGACGCUGCCGGUGCCACUGGAGCCCGCUCCUGAGGCCGCCACUGCCCCACAAGCUCCAGCCAUGGGCAGCGUGAGCAGCCUCAUCUCAGGCCGGCCCUGCCCUGGGGGGCCGGCUCCUCCCCGCCACCACGGUCCCCCUGGACCCACCUUCUUCCGCCAGCAGGAUGGGCUGCUGAGGGGUGGCUAUGAGGCCCAGGAGCCACUGUGCCCAGCUGUGCCCCCCAGGAAGGCUGUCCCUGGCACCAACUUUACCUACAUCAAUGAGGACUUCCGGACAGAGUCACCCCCCAGCCCAAGCAGUGACAUUGAAGAUGCCCGAGAGCAGCGGGCACGAAAUGCCCAUCUCCGUGGCCCCCCACCAAAGCUCAUCCCUGUCUCUGGAAAGCUGGAGAAGAACAUGGAGAAAAUCCUGAUCCGCCCAACAGCCUUCAAGCCAGUGCUGCCCAAACCUCGAGGGGCGCCAUCCCUACCUAGCUUCCUGGGUCCUCGGGCCGCCGGACUGUCGGGGAGCCAAGGCAGCCUAACACAGCUGUUCGGGGGCCCUGCCUCCUCCUCCUCUUCCUCCUCAUCCUCAGCUGCCGACAAACCCCUGACACUGAGUGGCUGGGCCAGCGGCUGCCCAUCGGGGACGCUGUCCGACUCUGGCCGAAACUCACUGUCCAGCCUCCCCACUUACAGCACCGGGGGUGCCGAGCCGGCCACCAACUCCCCAGGCGGGCAUCUGCCCUCCCAUGGCCCUGGGCGGGGGGCACUGCCUGGGUCAGCCCGAGGGGCCCCUGCCGGGCCCUCCCACUCAGACAGUGGCCGAUCUUCCUCCAGCAAGAGCACAGCCUCCCUGGGGGGCCGUGUGGCUGGGGGGCUCUUGGGUAGCGGUCCCCGGGCCUCCCCCGACAGCAGCUCCUGUGGGGAACGCUCCCCACCACCGCCCCCACCCCCUCCGCCCCCUUCGGACGAGGCCCUGCUGCACUGUGUCCUGGAAGGAAAGCUCCGUGACCGGGAGGCAGAGCUGCAGCAGCUGCGAGACAGUCUGGACGAGAGUGAGGUGACCAUGUGCCAGGCAUAUGAGGAACGGCAGCGGCACUGGCAGCGCGAGCGUGAGGCCCUGCGAGAGGAUGGUGCCACCCAGGCCCAGGCGCAGCGGGCACAGCGGGCCCAGCAGCUCCUGCAGCUUCAGGUGUUCCAGCUGCAGCAGGAGAAGCGGCAGCUGCAGGAUGACUUUGCACAGCUGCUGCAGGAACGCGAGCAGCUGGAGCGACGCUGCGCUACCUUCGAGCGGGAGCAGCGAGAGCUUGGACCACGGCUCGAGGAGACCAAGUGGGAGGUGUGCCAGAAGUCAGGCGAGAUCUCCCUGCUGAAGCAGCAACUGAAGGAGUCUCAGGCAGAGCUGGUGCAGAAGGGCAGCGAGCUGGUAGCCCUGCGAGUGGCGCUGCGGGAGGCCCGGGCAGCGCUGCGGGUCAGUGAGGGCCGGGCGCGGGGCCUCCAGGAGGCCGCCCGAACACGCGAGCUGGAGCUGGAGGCCUGUUCCCAAGAGCUGCAGCGGCACCGCCAGGAGGCUGAGCGGCUGCGAGAGAAAGCGGGACAGUUGGACACCGAGGCGGCUGGACUCCGGGAACCCCUUGUGCCACCUGCCACUGCCGACCCAUUCCUCCUGGCAGAGAGCGAUGAAGCCAAGGCACAGCGGGCAGCUGCUGGGGUUGGGGGCAGCCUGCGGGCCCAGGUGGAGCGUCUCCGGGCAGAGCUGCAGCGGGAGCGGCGGCGUGGCGAGGAGCAGCGGGACAGCUUUGAGGGGGAACGGCUGGCCUGGCAGGCGGAGAAGGAGCAGGUGAUCCGCUACCAGAAGCAGCUGCAGCACAACUACAUCCAGAUGUACCGACGCAACAGGCAGCUGGAGCAGGAGCUACAGCAGCUCAGCCUGGAGCUGGAGGCCCGGGAACUCGCCGACCUGGGCCUGGCGGAGCCAGCUCCCUGCAUCUGCCUGGAGGAGAUCACCGCCACCGAAAUCUAGGGCCUUGGCAUCCAGCUCUGCGGGGGCUCUACUGAAUAGAGGCAGUAGCCUCAGGUCUGAGGGCCCCAGAGCCACUCAGCCCCUGGGAUCCAUGUCUCUGGGCCUCUGCCAAGGACUCGGGGCUGUGCUGUGAG